GGUCAGCACAGUACAGUACAGCCCAGCGCUCCAAUGGGGCUCUGCUGCACCGCCCUGCUGCUCUUGCUCUCCAGCAUCGUCGCGCACGGCGCGCACACAGGACUGUUCCCAUCCAUCCUCAACCUUGCCAGCAAUGCCGAGAUCUCCACAAAUGCCACGUGCGGGGAACCCGAGGCUGAGACUUACUGCAAGCUUGUGGAGCACGUCCCAGGCAGCCGGAGAAAGCACCCGCAGUGUCGAACCUGCGACAGUGAGAGCGCAGACCCAAGAGAGCGACAUCCCAUAACGAACGCCAUUGACGGGACUAACGCUUGGUGGCAAAGUCCCAGUAUCAAGAAUGGCCACCAGUUUCACUGGGUAACAAUCACUUUGGAUUUAAAACAGGUCUUCCAGGUGGCCUACGUCAUCGUGAAGGCGGCGAACUCCCCCCGACCGGGAAACUGGAUCCUGGAGCGCUCUGUGGACGGGCUCCACUUCCAGGCCUGGCAGUACUAUGCCGUCAGUGAUGCCGAAUGCCUGACCCGGUACAACAUCACGCCCCGCACCGGGCUGCCCACCUACAGGAUGGACAGCGAGGUCAUCUGCACCUCCUUCUACUCACGGCUCCUUCCCCUGGAGCACGGAGAAAUCCACACGUCCUUGAUCAAUGGGAGGCCGAGUGCCGACGACCCCGCACCGGAGCUACAGGAGUUCACGUCCGCCCGCUACAUCCGCCUGCGCCUGCAACGCAUCCGUACCCUCAACGCCGACCUCAUGGCUCUUAGCUACCAAGACCCCCGCGUGGUGGACCCCAUUGUCACGCAGCGAUACUACUACUCCAUCAAAGACAUCUCUGUGGGUGGCAUGUGCAUCUGCUAUGGGCAUGCGAAGAGCUGUCCCUGGGACCCAGUCACCAAGAAGCUCCGGUGCAUCUGUGAGCACAACACGUGUGGGGAGAACUGCCGAGAGUGUUGCCCCGGAUACCACCAGGAACCAUGGCAACCGGGAACGCGGUCAGAUGGCAACACUUGUGAAAAAUGCAACUGCCACAACAAAACAGAGGAAUGCUACUACAACGUGACGGUGGCUGCCGCCAAAAUGAGCGUGAACACACACGGGCACUUUGUUGGUGGCGGCGUGUGCCUCAACUGCGGCCAGAACACGGCCGGCGUGAACUGCGAGAGCUGCGCGGACGGCUUCUUCCGGCCCAGCGAGGUGUCCCCGUAUGAGGAGGAGCCCUGUGUCCAGUGUGCGUGUGAUUCCCGCGGAUCGCUGAGCCAGACGUGCGUCCGAGACGACGGCGAUGCAGAUCCCGGCAAAGGCCUGCUCCCCGGCCACUGCCUCUGCAGGGUGGGCUUCGAAGGACCCCUGUGCGACCGCUGCGCCCCUGGAUUCCACGGCUUCCCGACCUGCGCCCCCUGCAACUGCAACUUGGACGGGAGCCUGGGCCGCGACCCGUGCGGCGACUGCGUCUGCAAGGCCAACGUCAUGGGGCCCGACUGCGACCGCUGCAAACCCGGCUUCUACAACCUGCAGGGGAGCAACCCGGAGGGAUGCACUGAGUGCUUCUGUUUCGGACUAUCCAACGUGUGCGAUAGCGCCCCCUGGUCCUGGGCCAAGGUGGUGCACAAGGACGCCCGGCUGCUCCCUCUCCACGGUGCCUCUCUCGCCGACACGGGGAACGGAAGUGCAUCCGGCAGCGCCGCGCCGCUCCCGCUCUCCUGGGCCGCUCCUCAGCCGUUCCUUGGCAACAAGCUCACGUCAUACGGCGGCUUCCUGAACUACUCUGUAUCCUGGGGCUUUUUGGCGGAGAGGGACGACGGCGGGGAGAGUUUCCCCUCUCUCUUCUACAUUGUUAUUGAGGGCAACGGGAGGAGCCUUCGGCAGGCUAUUCCAGACGAGCUGGCGGGCGCCCCCCAGCAGGAGCAGCUCGUCGCCAUGGAGAUCGUCCCGUGGAACUUGGUGGAUGACGUCAGCAGCCGAACGGUGCAGCAGGAUGAGCUCAUGAGCGUUCUGGCCAACGUGAGCGGCCUGUGGAUCAGGGCCUACGCCAAGGCCAGCGCAGGAGCGCCACUCCGCCUCAGCUCGGUUGCUUUGGAAACGGCAGAUGCUGCCGUCAACAACCGGACGGCGGCUCGGAGCGUGGAGCUCUGCGAGUGUCCCUGGGGCUACGCCGGGACGUCCUGCGAGCAAUGUCUCCCUGGAUUUUACCGCAUUGAUGGAGUCCUGUUUGGAGGGAACUGCCUCCAGUGCGAAUGCCACGGACACGCCUCGCGGUGUGACGCCGACGGCCGCUGUGCGGGCUGUGAACACAACACCGGAGGCCCUCACUGUGACCAGUGUCUACCAGGUUUCUAUGGCAACGCACUGGCGGGGACCCCCGAGGACUGCAAGAGAUGCGGCUGCCCCCUGACAGCGGAGGAGAACAACUUCAGUCCAACCUGCCAUCUGGAUGGCGAAGAAGUGGUGUGUGACCAGUGCCAGCAGGGCUACGGCGGUCCCCGGUGUGAAAGGUGUGCCGACGGCUACUACGGAGAGCCCGGUGUCCCGGGACGAGGCUGCGCCCCCUGUGACUGUAACGGCAACGUGGACCCUGCCGAGACCGGCAACUGCGACCCGCACAGCGGCGAGUGUCUCAAGUGCGUGGGCCACACGGCGGGGGGGCACUGCGAGAGGUGCCGGAACGGCUUCUUUGGCGACGCCAUCGCUGCCAAGAACUGCACACCUUGCGGCUGCCACGAACUCGGCUCCGCGUCGUCCGACUGCGACGAGAACACGGGACGCUGCGCCUGCAGGCCCGACGUGGCGGGAGAGAAGUGCGACGCGUGUGACGUGGGACAUUACGGCCUCCCGAGCGGAAAGGGCUGCGUCCCGUGCAACUGCAGCCGCGCGGGGGCGCUGUCCCGGGAAUGCAGCGAGGAGGGGGCCUGCGAGUGUGCCCGUGGUGUGGCAGGGGACAAAUGUGACCGCUGUGCCCGCGGACAUUACGGCACCGUGACCGCCAACUGCACAGAAUGCGACUGCGAACACACCCACGGCAACUGCCACCCGACCACCGGCGAGUGCGCGUGUCCCCCGCACACACGGGGGGAGAAGUGUGAGGCGUGCGAGGACGGCCACUGGGGUCACGACCUGGAGACGGGGUGUAAGCCGUGUGACUGCAGCACCGUGGGGUCCCUGGACUCCCGGUGCCACCCGACCGGCGGACAGUGUCAGUGCGGUCCCCGGUUCUCCGGCCUGAGGUGCGAGCGAUGCGCUCUGGGCUUCAGCGUCUUCCCAGAAUGCACUGCGUGCAUCUGCAGCAUCCAGGGCACUCGGGAAGAGUUCUGCGAUGAGGGGCGGACCUUGUGCGGCUGUGACCAAUCGGGUGUUUGCGUCUGCAAGGAGAACGUGGGCGGUCCGCAGUGUGAGCGGUGCGAGCGAGGGACUUUCGGCCUGGCCGCCGACCAUAGUGACGGCUGCGGGCCCUGCUUCUGCUCGGGGGUCUCCUCCGAGUGCCAGGAGCUCGAGGGGCUGCUCCGGGUUCCGGUCACCUUGGACACAGAGACAGAGCACCCGAGGCUGGUCCUUGUGGAGGAUGUUUGGGUGGGCGACGAUACCGUGCCGAGCAUCAUCCCGAACCGGGACUCCCCGCCCUCAGGUGACCUCUACUGGGCGGCGCCCCCCGCGGUCCAGAGGAACAAGCUGCUGUCCUACGGCGGAAAGCUGCGCUACACGAGUUCCGCCGCCGCCCCCCGGGGUUUAGGGGCCGGAAUUGCUGAACCCCCACUGAUACUAAUACAGGGUGGUCAGCUGUCCAAGGAGCUCCUCUACCUGGACGCAGCGGCUCCCGAAGACGGGCGGGAGGUGAUGGCCGAGGUCCUCAUGACCGAGCACAAAUGGAAGCAUUUUGCUUCUCGGCAAGAGGUGAAUCGUGCCGAAUUCAUGUCUGUCCUGAGCAACGUGGAGCUCGUUCUCAUCAAGGCCUCUGGCGGACGCACGAUCUCCAACGUCUCUUUGGAGACGGCGGUGGAGGAAGCCGAUGCCGCGGCGGGUGGCGAACGGGCACGCUUCAUCGAAAAAUGCCUCUGUCCCCCGGGGUAUGAGGGCCUGUCCUGCCAGAACUGCGCCGCCGGACAUCGCAGAGAGGUGGCGCCACCGCAGCCCACGGGAGCCGAACGUUCACGCGUUCACACCUGUGUUCCGUGUCAGUGCAACAACCACAGCACCUCCUGCGAUGUGGACACCGGCAGCUGUCAGGACUGCCAGCACAACACCACGGGGGCUCACUGUCACGUCUGCGCCCCAGGGUACUAUGGGAAAGUGGAGGGAUCCAUCCAUGACUGCUCUUUGUGUGCCUGUCCUCCUGGGAACACGCAGAGCUUUAGCGCCACCUGUGUCCUCGGAGGCGCCGCUGGUUUCUACUGCGACGCGUGUGAGCUGGGCUACGAGGGGCCGCACUGCGACAGGUGCUCAGCCGGACACUACGGGGACCCCUUGCGGGUGGACGGGCGCUGCAGGCCGUGCCAGUGCAGCGAGGAGGGGUCCUCGAGCCCGAACUGUCACGCUCUGACCGGACAAUGCGAGUGCAGGGCCGGCGUGGGGGGGCGCCGCUGUACCGAGUGCCAGGAGGGCCACGCGCUGCAGGACGGGCGUUGCAUCCCCUGCGACGACGGGUGCGUGACCCUGCUGCUGGACACCUCGGCCCAUUUAGAGCUGAGCGUCCAGCAGCCUGUGAACCUGAGCGCAUCGGUCCUCGUGCCGCACGGUUACCUGCGUUCAGCGCUCGACGACAUAGCAAAGUUUAGGACUCUCUUGUCGCCGGAGAACCAACCGGACAGCUUGUUGCAGGUUGCCGAGGAACAUCUGGCACGCCUGUCUGAAGACAUUCCCGAGCUGCAGGGGAAGGCACUCAGGGUCUUUGGAGCCGCUGAAGAACUCGCUCAGUCCGCUGAACAGAGACUCGGUCACAGCAAAGAGCUUCUGGACUUCAUCUCCAGCCUGCAUUCCGCUGCCUCUGCUUUGCAGGAAGCAGCCGGCAUGUUAAACGCAACCCAGGAUGAGACGAUGGACGUGUCCAACAGCAUCCGAUUGAUGGAGCAGAUGCUGCAGGCCAUGAGGGAUGUGGACCUCGCCCACAAGAACGUUCUAGUUUCUGAUGAGCUCAGCGCUGCCACGGCGCUCCUCCUGCGGGUCCAGACGGACUUCCUCAAGCCCCCGCGGAGCACAGACGCCCUGAAAGACGCCCGAGGACUCGUGUCCGCACUGGAGCUCCAGCUGCAGGAUGCGAAGGAGCAGCUGCUGGCCGCUCAAGCGCAGAACAACCACACCUUCCAGCUGGUGGACAGAAUCUCCUCCCAACUGGACCAUCUCAGCGAGCUGAGAGAGCAGAGAGUUCACGCUCCGAACAGACAGAUGGCAUCAUGCACAGAGGAAGCACAAGACAUCUUGGCCCUCGUUCCCAUCGUGCUGGAGAAUACGAACAGCAGCUUUUCUCUAUUGGAAGCGGCCCAAGAGGAGCUGGACUCCACGAGCACCCUGCUGAGAGACGGAGUGUCCACGCUGACCGAGAAGAUGGAGAAAAUUCCGGAAGCGGUGCAAAGAGCAGAGGAUCAUGCUCAGGAGCUGGACACGCGGGCCCUGGGGCUGCACACGGCUCUGCUGGGCGCGAAGAACAUUUCGGCGAGAGCCACCGGCGCCAUCGGCGUCAACGCCAACAUCAGGGCAGCCGUUGAGGAAGCAGAGCUCCUGGGGGGGUCAGCCCACACCACAGCCUCCACCAUCCUUACCACGACUCCGCUCUUAGCGGCAUCUGCCAGAGACAGGAGGGUCCAGGGUGUCCAGCAAAGUCACGAGAUCCUGGCAGAAAGUGCAGCAGCGAGUGCAGAAAGUGAUGGCCUCUCGGUGAACGUCACGGACCUGGGUGCGAGAGUGAGCUCGGUGCGGCGCGGUGUUCGGGACGUCACCAGCAGGCUACCCGGACCCUCAGCUGUGAGCGCACUUGAAGGGAGCGGCUCAAGGAUCUCCCAGGUAAAGGAGCAGGUUGCUACGGCAACAGGAUCCCUACAGGCCACCCUGACGCUUCUGGAGGACCUCGGCCACAGGCUGAACCGCUCCUCUUCCGCCCUGGACCGGGCUGCUGGGGACGUGGCGGCUGCCAAAGAGCAGCUCAGGGCCUCCGAGGAGACAGUCCACGAGGUGGAGACAGCGCUCAGGGACGUGGAGGCGAAUGCGGAGCGUCUGCUGGGCCGCCUGGGACCCCUGAGAGCGCUCGGGGAGCACCUGAGCCACAACCUGUCCCACAUCCAGCUCCUGAUCCAACAGACUCGCCUGCAGGCAGCAUCGGUCAAGGUAGCGGUGUCUGCGCAGCGGGACUGUGUGCGCUCCUACAGGCCGCCCGCGUCCUCCGGCAACUCCAACAGCGUGACGGUGACGGUGAGGAGCGACGAGCCCACCAACCUGCUCUUCUACCUGGGCAGCAACUCCAGUAAGGACUUCAUGGCGCUUGAGAUGCAUGAUGGGAAGGUGUCCUUCCUGUGGGAUGUGGGCUCUGGACACGCGAGGCUGGAGUACCCCGACACCCGCAUCGACAACAAUAAGUGGCACCGCAUAGAGGCCAGAAGGUUUGGGAGGAGGGGCUCCCUGAUGGUGCAGGAGCUCCAUUCGGACCCUCGGCCCCCGGCGAAGGCUUUGUCUCCAGGCUCGUCCUCAGUGCUGGAGGUUCAAGACUCCACACUGGUGUUUGUGGGAGGCAUCAGCGACCACAUCGUGAAAUCGGAGGCAGUGCAGGCGACCCGGUUCAGCGGAUGUGUGGCUCAGGCGUCUCUGAACGGAAAGGCCAUCGGUCUGUGGAACUACGCCGAGAGAUGGGGGACGUGUCGAGGCUGUCCUUUCAGCCCCCAGGUGGACGAGGCCUCGUUCCAGUUCGAUGGCACCGCCUUCUCCGUGGUGGAAACGGCCGUGUCUCCGUCGGCCACUCACAUAAUCAUGCAGUUCAGGACGGCGUCCCCCGGCGGCCUGCUGCUGUACCUGACGUCCAACACCACGAAGGACUUUUUGUCCAUCGAGCUCAUGGAGGGAAGGGUGCGGCUCACCUUUGAGCUGGGAUCCGGCGUGUUCACACUAACCACGAGCAAAGCCUACAACACAGGCAGCUGGUACACACUUGUGGUGCAGAGGAAAAAACGGAAAGCCGAGCUCACCGUGACGUCCGCCGCCGACCCCUCGGACCCGGAGCACCUGGAGGGCGAGUCUCCCGGUGGCGCCUCCGACCUGAACCGCGCCAACCGAGACCCCAUCUACAUCGGGGGGCUUCCGCAGGCCGCACGAGUCGCGAGGCCUCAUGCUUCGGGCUUUUACGUUGGAUGCCUGAGAAACGUGGAAGUUUCUCGCUCACGUCUCAACCUGCUGCAGAAGGCGCACGGUGUCAGCGAAGGCUGUGAUUUAGCGCCCGUACACAGUGUCACAGUGCUGAGCGGGGGGUUCCUCCAGCUGCCCCCCCUGCUGCUGGACCAGCAGGCUGAGGUCAUGGCCACCUUCUCGACGCACUGGGGCGACGGGCUCAUCCUGCUCGGGUUCGAGGAAGCGGGAGGCCGACAGCGCAGACAGGUUCUGCCGCCGUUCUUCGCCGUCCUGCUGCUCUCCGGUCGUCUCGAGGUCCACCUGGGCGCCGGGGAGGCUGGGAACACACACAGCGCCGUGCUGCGUGCCAGAGGCGGCACCUUGAGCGAUGGACGGGAGCACUCGCUCCUCUUGAACUGGAGCAACAGGACCCUGACGGUGGUGCUGGAUGACGACCCUGGACCUGCGCUCCUGUCCCCUGGAAGAGACUUUCCGAGUCUCUCCGCAGUCUUCGUGGGGGGCGUCCCUUCGGAAAGCUUCGCUGCGCAUUUGAAGACCGGCAGCUCCUUCCGCGGCUGCAUCGGCAAUGUGGUCGUCAACGGCGAACUGCUGGACUUCACUGUGCUGAAGCGUCACAAUGUGGACACGGGCAGCUGUCAGCUGGACCCGGCACCUGUGUACAGCGUCUCGCCUGACUACGGGGUUCCCAGAUCAACCGUUGAACCAACCGCUGGACCAACUUCUGGACCAACUGCUGGACCAACUGCUGGACCAACUGCUGGAGCAACCGCUGGACUAACCGCUGGAGCAACCGCUGGAUCGACUGUGCUGCUUCCUGCUCCAUCUCCGACCCCUGCUGGCCAUCAGUGUGGAGCUGAAGAGCACAACGGGAGCAUCUCGGGGGCCCUGCACUUCGGCCUCCACAUGCACAGUCACGUUGCGCUGAACAUCACGCAGCAUUCCGUCCGGAACAGCUUCUCUCUGCUACUCUUCGUUCGGACCUUCGCCCCCAGCGGUCUUCUUUUUUACCUGGGAGCCCCCAUCCAGGGAGACUACGCCACCCUGCAGCUGCACGGGGGGCAGCUCUUCUUCACCUGCGACCUGGGAAGGAACGCAGCCACGGCCACGGUGCGGCGGCCCAUCGACGAUGGCCAGUGGCACAGCGUAAAAGCAGACUUCGGGAAGAAACUCGUGACGCUCACAGUGGACGACUUGAGCUCAGGUCCGGUUCUGGCGAAGGGCAAAACCAGCACCUUGGACGUGGAGGGCAAGGUCUACCUGGGGGGUCUGCCCCCGGACUAUAAGGCCAGGAAUGUCGGCAAUGUGACCCACAGCAUCGCCGGCUGCCUCAGGGAUGCGGUGCUGAACGACGAGCCGCUGGACAUGGACAGGCCCGUCUCCUCGCUCGCCACCGCAGGCUGCUUCGCUGCCGUCCAGCAGGGCAGCUUCUUGGACGGCACCGGGUUCGGCGCCUUCGCCAAAGAGGGUUACAAGGUGGGCUUGGACAUCACUGUGGCCCUGGAGUUCCGCACCACGGCCCCCGUUGGGAUCAUCCUUUCGGUCAGCGGCGACAAGUCGGACGCCAUCGGUCUGGAGCUGGUCAAUGGGCAGGUCGUGUUCCACGUGGACAAUGGAGCAGGGCGCUUUUCAGCCUAUGACCCCGGGGCCCCGGGAAACGUGUGCGACGGCCACUGGCACACCGUGUCAGCCGUGAAGAAUAGGCGAGGCCUCAGCCUGGCGGUAGAUGGGAAGAUGGUCCGCAGGGCGAACCCACACCCUCGCGCCUCCUCCGCAGACACCAAGAGCCCCAUCUAUGUGGGAGGCCUCCCCAGUGGGCUGAAGACGAGCUGCCUGACUGUCGAGACACCGUUCCGCGGCUGCAUGAGGAACCUGCGCCUCACCAGGGGGCCGCAGAUCCGCAACCUCGACUUCAGCAAAGCCUUCCAACUCCACGGUGUCAUCCCACACUCCUGCCCCGCACCGGUGGAGUGAUCCCCUCCCGGGCAACCCCCUACACUGCGGGCCAGAACUUUCUAGAAACCGUCCUUAGAAAGCAAAAUUACCAGGUCCCGUUUCUCUUUUCCAUAUUAUUAACAAACUCAUUCAAACUCAGAAGGUUAUCAAAAUGAAAUAUCACUUGCAUUUUGUUUCUAUGACAGUAUGAAUCUGAAAAAGAAUAACUGUGUGGAGGAGUAAGAGAAUUUAUGUAAGAUGACUGUCCGAUCAACAGGAACCAGAAUCUGUUCAUAUCUAUGUUUUACGCUAACAAAGCAUAUAAUUACUGGUCGUAACUUUACACUCCAUUGUAGAAUGGAAUUUAUG